GUCCUUCGCCCGCUGAGAGGCUGUUGGUGUCUCUGUAGGUCGGAAUGAGCUGAUUGCCCGCUACAUCAAGCUCCGGACAGGGAAGACCCGCACCAGGAAGCAGGUCUCCAGCCACAUCCAGGUGCUGGCUCGUCGCAAAGCCCGCGAGAUCCAGGCCAAGCUAAAGGACCAGGCAGCUAAGGACAAGGCCCUGCAGAGCAUGGCUCCCAUGUCGCCCGCCCAGGCCAUCUCCGCCACAGCCUUCCACAGUAAAAUGGCCCUCGCCCGGGGCCCAGGCCACCCAGCAGUCUCAGGGUUUUGGCAAGGAGCUUUGCCGGGCCAAGCUGGAACAUCCCACGAUGUGAAACCUUUCUCUCAGCAAACCUACACUGUCCAGCCUUCGCUGCCUCUGCCAGGGUUUGAGUCUCCUGCAGGACCCGCCCCGUCGCCCUCAGCGCCCCCGGCACCCCCAUGGCAGGGCCGCAGUGUGGCCAGCUCCAAGCUCUGGAUGUUGGAGUUCUCUGCCUUCCUGGAGCAGCAGCAGGACCCUGAUACGUACAACAAGCAUUUGUUCGUGCACAUCGGCCAGUCCAGCCCAAGCUACAGUGACCCCUACCUCGAAGCCGUGGACAUCCGCCAGAUCUAUGACAAAUUCCCGGAGAAAAAGGGGGGACUCAAGGAGCUCUUUGAACGGGGGCCUUCCAAUGCCUUUUUUCUUGUGAAAUUCUGGGCAGACCUCAACACCAACAUUGAGGAUGAAGGCAGCUCCUUCUACGGGGUCUCCAGCCAGUACGAGAGUCUGGAGAACAUGAUAAUCACUUGUUCCACCAAGGUUUGCUCUUUUGGCAAGCAGGUGGUAGAGAAAGUGGAGACAGAGUACGCCCGCUAUGAGAACGGCCACUACUCCUACCGCAUUCAUCGGUCCCCGCUCUGCGAGUACAUGAUCAACUUCAUUCACAAGCUGAAGCACCUGCCCGAGAAGUACAUGAUGAACAGCGUGCUAGAGAACUUCACCAUCCUGCAGGUGGUCACCAACAGAGACACGCAGGAGACACUGCUGUGCGUCGCGUAUGUCUUCGAGGUGUCAGCCAGCGAGCACGGGGCUCAGCACCACAUCUACCGGCUGGUGAAGGAAUAAGAGACUCAGGGAGCAGGGAGGGGGGAAGAGACGUGUGCAGGGACGUGGGGAGGGGAUCUGCAGAGGCCCGAAGUGCCAGGAGAGCGGAGAGGUCCCGACUCUUCCUAUCCAGGAACAAACUGUGCCUGAACCUGCAAUGCCCAACCCCAAAUAAACCCAAGAUGGUGUGUAUUUUCCCAGGACCUGAUCUGGCUGUCUGAGCCUUGGGAGGGACCAUGG